CUUCUUAGGGUUAUACAUUAAGUAACUUAUUUCUCUCAACUACUACUUGCUUUCUUCCUAACCCCCUCACUCCCCUUCCUACAAAAACUCAUUUUUUAUUUUAUAUCCCUCAAAAAAUUCCCUUUUUUUUUUCUCAUUCUGAAAAGUCGUAUAUCGCACAGGUAUUAAUCUAGUUAUCAUAUUGAAAUGAAAGAAACAACAAAUGGGAAUGGAAGCAAUGACAUUGAAGAAGAGAUUAAGAAAACGAAUGAAGAAGAAAAGAAUAAAUCAAAGAAUAAAAGUGUGCCAUUUCUAAAGUUGUUUUCAUUUGCUGAUCCUUUGGAUUAUUUGCUUAUGAUUGUUGGUUCAAUUGGUGCCAUAGCCCAUGGAGCUUCUAUUCCUGUUUUCUUCAUUUUCUUUGGCAAAUUGAUUAAUCUCAUUGGUGUUGCCUAUCUCUUUCCUAGAGAAACUUCUCAUGAUGUGGGCAAGUAUUCCAUGGACUUUGUUUACCUGAGUAUUGUUGUAUUGUUCUCUUCAUGGGUUGAGGUGGCAUGUUGGAUGCAAACUGGAGAAAGACAGGCAGCUAAAAUGAGGAUGGCAUAUUUAAGGUCAAUGUUGAAUCAAGAUAUUAGUCUUUUUGAUACUGAGGCUUCUACUGGAGAAGUUAUUAAUGCAAUUACUAGUGAUAUUCUAGUUGUUCAAGAUGCUAUUUCCGAAAAGGUAGGGAAGAUACUGCACUAUGUAAGCAGAUUUAUAGCAGGAUUUGCAAUUGGGUUCGCAAGAGUAUGGCAAAUCAGUCUCGUCACUCUUUCCAUUGUUCCUGCGAUUGCUUUUGCUGGUGGCUCCUAUGCUUAUGUGGCCACCGGUCUCAUGGCCAGGAUUCGCAAAUCUUACGUUAAAGCUGGUGAAAUUGCUGAAGAGGUGAUUGCAAAUGUGAGGACAGUCCAAGCCUUUGUUGGAGAGGAGAAAGCGGUAAACUCCUACAAAGAGGCACUUUUGAAGACUUACAAAUAUGGAAUUAAAGGAGGUGUGGCCAAGGGGCUGGGCAUGGGUUCCUUGCACUGUGUUCUAUUCUUUUCUUGGGCUUUGCUUGUCUGGUAUACCAGCAUUGUUGUUCACAAGGGUACAGCUAAUGGAGGAGAGUCUUUCACGACUAUGCUCAAUGUUGUUAUUGCUGGCCUGUCACUUGGGCAAGCUGCACCAGAUAUCUCCGGCUUCCUUCGAGCAAGAGUUUCUGCAUAUCCAAUAUUUGAGAUGAUAGAGAGAGCGAACGUUGGAAAAGUAGGCUCUAAAGGUGGUACGAAAUUGAAUAAUGUGGAUGGCCAUAUCGAAUUCAAGGAUGUAUAUUUUAGCUACCCUUCUCGUCCUGAAGUGAAAAUCUUUGAUAAAUUCUCCCUGGAUAUUCCAUCGGGAAAAGUCGUUGCCCUUGUGGGUGGGAGUGGAUCUGGCAAGAGCACUGUAAUCUCUUUGAUUGAGCGCUUCUAUGAGCCACUUGCUGGACAGAUACUUUUAGAUGGGAAUGAUAUCAAGGAUCUUGAUCUAAAAUGGCUGAGACAGCAAAUUGGUCUUGUCAAUCAAGAGCCUGCACUCUUUGCAACAAGUAUUAGAGAGAACAUUUUGUAUGGAAAAGAUGAUGCUACUCUGGAUGAGAUUACUCGUGCUGCCAAGCUUUCAGAAGCCAUCACCUUCAUCAAUAACUUGCCAGAGAGAUUUGAUACUCAGGUGGGUGAAAGAGGAAUUCAGCUUUCCGGGGGCCAGAAACAAAGGAUCGCUAUAGCCCGUGCCUUAGUUAAGAACCCAUCAAUACUACUACUUGAUGAAGCUACCAGCGCACUUGAUGCAGAGUCUGAAAAGAGUGUGCAGGAGGCACUUGACCGUGUCAUGGUAGGUCGCACAACUGUGGUUGUGGCACACCGACUUUCCACAGUAAGGAAUGCAGACAUCAUUGCCGUGGUCCACGGGGGAAAAAUAGUGGAAACUGGAAGCCAUGAGGAGCUAAUUUCUCUUCCAGGGAGUGCUUACUCAUCACUAGUUCAAUUACAAGAGUCGGCCUCUACAGUACGUCUGCUUUCCCGAGGGCCAACCAUGGAUCGACCUUCAAGCACAAAAUAUUCCCAAGAACUAUCCUACGGUGCAAGUAUCGGUGCCAGUUUUCGUUCUGAUAAGAGUUCCAUUCAACAGGAUGUAGCAGAGCCUGCCAAAUUAUCAAAAGUUACGUGGGGACGGCUUCUUUCCAUGGUAGGGCCAGACUGGCUCUAUGGCUUGUUUGGUACUAUAUUUUGUUUAAUGGCGGGAUCCGAAAUGCCUCUUUUUGCUCUAGGAGUUACACAGGCUCUGGUGUCCUAUUAUGAAGUUUGGGAUGUCACAAAGGUUGAAGUUAGAAAAAUUGCUCUAUUAUUUUGUGGUGGUGCUGUAAUUUCUAUCUUUAAUCACGGUCUUCUUCACACCUUCUUUGGUAUCAUGGGAGAGCGUCUUACCCUUCGUGUGCGACAAAAGAUGUUCUCUGCUAUAUUGAGUAAUGAAAUUGGAUGGUUUGAUGACGCAAGUAACUCAAGUUCAAAUCUUUCAUCACGUCUUGAGAGUGAUGCAACUUUGUUGAGAAGCAUUGUUGUUGAUCGAACGACAAUUCUGAUUCUCAACUGUGGAUUUGUGAUCACUGCCUUUAUUAUUGCCUUUAUGUUGAACUGGAGGUUAACUCUAGUUGUUCUGUCGAUGUAUCCAUUGAUUAUCAGCGGCCAUUUUAGUGAGAAACUCUUCAUGAAAGGAUAUGGUGGCAACUUGAGUAAAGCAUACCUUGGUGCAAAUAUGCUAGCUGGUGAAGCUGUUAGCAACAUCCGAACUGUUGCUGCAUUCUGUGCAGAAGAAAAGGUUUUGGACCUGUAUUCUCGUGAGCUUGUUGAGCCAUCAAAACGUUCAUUUUCACGUGGACAGAUUGCUGGAAUCUUCUAUGGUGUCUCACAAUUCUUUAUCUUCUCUUCUUAUGCCCUUGCUUUAUGGUAUGGUUCUGAUUUGAUGGGAAAGGGGAUAUGUGGAUUCAAAUCUGUCAUGAAAUCAUUUAUGGUUCUAAUUGUGACAGCAUUAGCCAUGGGUGAAACUCUGGCAAUGGCCCCAGAUUUGCUUAAAGGCAAUCAGAUGCUUCAAUCAGUUUUUGAGGUAAUUGACCGAAGGCCUGAGGUGAAGGGGGACACAGGGGAAGAGCUAACAAAGGUUGAAGGAUCGAUUGAGCUACGGAGAGUUGAAUUUAGCUACCCUUCAAGGCCCGAUGUCUUAAUUUUCCAUGACUUAAAUCUAAAAGUUCCCGCAGGAAAGAGCAUGGCACUGGUCGGGCAGAGUGGCUCAGGCAAGAGCUCAGUCAUUUCUCUUAUACUUCGGUUUUAUGAUCCAACUGCCGGGAAAGUGAUGGUUGAUGGAAAGGACAUCAAGAGACUGAAGCUAAAAUCUCUGAGAAAGCACAUAGGCCUAGUCCAACAAGAACCCGCUUUAUUUGCGACAUCUAUAUACGACAACAUUGUUUACGGGAAAGAUGGCGCUACUGAGUCCGAAGUAAUUGAAGCAGCCAAACUCGCUAAUGCUCAUAGUUUCAUAAGCGGGCUUCCUGAGGGAUACAACACCAAGGUAGGUGAAAGAGGAGUUCAACUUUCCGGGGGGCAAAAACAGAGAGUGGCUAUUGCAAGAGCAGUUUUGAAGAAUCCAGCCAUAUUGCUAUUAGAUGAAGCCACGAGUGCCCUCGAUGUGGAGUCUGAACGCGUGGUGCAACAAGCCCUCGAGAGGCUGAUGAUGAAACGAACAACAGUUGUGGUGGCACAUAGGCUAUCCACCAUAAGAAAUGCUGAUAAAAUAUCAGUGAUACAGGAUGGUAAGAUUGUGGAACAGGGGACUCAUUCAAGUCUUAUAGAGAACAGAAAUGGUGCUUACUGUAAACUUAUUAGUUUACAGCAGCAACAAUAACACUCAUCAGGAAUUCUAUGGCAUGAUAUAUUUGUUAAGGGAUUGUUUGAGUGAGUAUAUUUCUUUUCUUUUUUUUUUUUUUUCUAUUUCUAUUUUACAUUUUUAUUUUGGGGGGUGAUAAUAUUGUUGGUGAUCUUGGAAGUGUAUAUAUUUUACCUACUUUAUUUCACUUAUAAUGUUGCAUAAUAACAAAAAUUAUUGCUAAUUAUUUUGGAUUGUUCAA